CUUUUUCUCCUCUGCUCACAUCACCUUUGCUAUUUGUAUACUAUUUAAAAUGGGUAAAACCCUGUCGACCUUGAUGCCAGAACCAGCUGGUAAUACCAAAGUCAGAGUUUUGAUGUUAGGCCUAGAUGCGCCGGGAAAAACAUCGAUCUUAUACCGCCUACUCACUGGUAGAUUUUGCACCACUUGCGCUACAAUUGGAUACAAUACCGAAACUGUGCCAUACAACAACAUGCAGUUCGAGCUCUGUGAUGUUGGCGGCGCCCACGGGGCCCGGCGGCUCUGGUAUCAUUAUUUUGGUGACAUGCUGGGAGUCAUUUUCGUUAUAGAUUCAAAUGACCGUGAGCGCAUGAGCGAGGCACGUGAUGAGCUACGGAGGUUGAUGAAUGAAGAUGUGUUUUACGAGCGAGACAUUCCGGUGCUUGUGCUUGCAAACAAGCAGGAUCUUCCCAAUGCCAUGACUCAGGAUGAGGUGGCCGAGAAGCUUGGGCUGUACAGCGAACGGCAUAUUAGGUGGACGGUUAUGCCGUCGUGCGCUAAGACAGGCGAAGGGUUGUUUGAAGGACUGAACUGGCUGUGUGAGAGUAUCAAAGUUCGAAGAAGGUCAUAGUAGCCUGUGAUCCGGAAUAUAAGCAGGUGUGUAUAUUAUUGCAUAGACAUUUUGUUUGUGAAAUAAUAUUCCUGAAAA